AUGAUUCUCUCACGAACGAAAGCUGCAGAUGAUCCGAAGAAGAAGGGAGCCGUCUCGAGUCAAGAGAAAAAUAAGAAGAAAGUUGGUGAAGUCGAAGAUUUCAUCGCUGAAAGGGAUUAUACAGGUGCAAUUGCCUAUCUUGAAUUUUGUCGACAAAGUGAAAAAGAAGUCAAAGAUCUUGACCUCUGGUUAGGAUUUGCCGCAUUUCACGCUGGAGAUUACCAGCGAGCAAGUGAGGAAUAUGAAAAUAUUCUCAAACGUGAUCCACGAAAUGGUCAAGUGUACAUAUAUCUCGCUUGUUGUUACUUCAUGUUAGGCAAAUACGAUGAAGCAGAGCAAACUGCAUUGAAAGGUACAAAAUCUCCGCUGCAAACUCGUGUUUUAUUUCAUGUUGCACAUAAACAAAACAAUGAAGAGAAACUCAUGGGUUUACAUCGGCAAUUACAAGACGUGGUCGAAGAUCAGAUGUGCUUGGCUAGCAUGCAUUAUAUGAGAAGUCACUUUCAAGAAGCAUUAGAUAUAUACAAACGUUACUUAGUUGAAAACCGGGAAAAUUUAGCAUUAAAUGUCUAUGUUGCACUUUGUUAUUAUAAACUUGAUUACUAUGAUAUUUCGCAAGAGAUUCUCGAUGUUUAUCUAAAAAAGAAUCCGGAAUCGGCAACGGCAACUAAUCUUCAAGCGUGUAAUCAAUAUCGGCUGUAUAACGGAAAAGCUGCCGAGAAUGAUUUGAAAGUCUUUUUGGAUAAAAUGAGUACGUCAUUCAACUAUGCGAAGGAGUUAUUUCGUCAUAAUAUGGUUGUUUUCCAAAAUGGUGAAGGCGCACUUCAAAUUCUUCCAUCAUUGGUCGAUGUUAUACCCGAAGCUCGUCUCAAUUUGGUCAUUUAUUAUCUGAAAGAAGAUGAUCUUGAUCAUGCGUAUGAUUUAAUGAAAGACGUUGAACCUUUACAACCAGCGGAAUACAUUCUCAAAGGUGUUGUCAACGCUACAUAUGGUCAGGAACACAACUCACGUGAUCACAUUAAAACAGCGCAAUCGUAUUUUCAAUUAGUAGGUGGUUCAGCAAGUGAAUGCGAUACAAUUCCAGGCAGACAGAGUAUGGCAUCAUGUUAUUUUCUUCAUAAGCGUUUCGACGAUGUAAUUGUGUAUCUCAGUUCGAUAAAAACUUAUUUCUAUAAUGAUGAUGCAUUUAACUUUAACUAUGCCCAAGCAAAAGCCCAUGAAGAGAAAUGGAAAGAAGCCGAAGAAGCGUUUUUACUCAUUCAAAGUGAAAAAUUGAAAAACGAUUAUGUGUAUUUAAGUUGGUUAGCACGAUGCUAUAUAUACAAUAGCAAACCGCGUCUUGCCUGGGAACUUUAUCUCAAACUUGAACAUUCUACUGAAUCAUUUUCAUUACUUCAACUAAUCGCAAAUGAUUGCUACAAACGCGGACAUUUCUUCUAUGCUGCACGUGGAUUCGAUAUUCUUGAACGUAUGGAUCCAAAUCCGGAGUUUUGGGAAGGUAAACAAGGCGCGUGUGCCGGAGCAUUUCAACAAAUCGUUGCCGGUCAUGAACCUCGCGAUACACUUCGAGAUAUACUCUCCUUAUUACGAAACACAAAUCAUCCUCAAGGAGAUCAUAUGAUUAAAAUAAUGCGAUCAUGGGCACGAACUAAUAACAUUCCUGUUUGA